UUUUGAAUAGUCCCACGGGCCACCAUAUCUUCAAUUUAUUGAACAUUUGGAUUCGAAUAACUUUAUGGUCUGAUGACACGUCGUGACUAUGUAGUUCUUCCAACGUCGAGUGAGCCAAGGGAAGAUAUCAGCGAGGGCGCCGACAUAGUCCUAGAGUCAUUACUACGAGACAAUAAGGGUGUCACGCUUGACACACCCCAUGGAGGCUCUCUAGUGGUUCAUGAAGAUGGUCAUACCUAUAACUAUUCAUACGGACCAAGCGGAAUUCUAGGUCUAGUUCACAAUCGUUAUGCUGUUGCGUGUGCAGCAUUUGCUGGGAUUGGCGGGAUUUCAUUCGGGUACGACCAAGGCGUUAUUUCCAAUGUCCUUGUCAUGAAAGAUUUUCUGACUCGGUGGCCAAUCGGUCCAUGGGAGAAGGGAUUGAUGACUGCUGUUCUCGAACUCGGCGCAUUAUUUGGUGCCAUCACGAGCGGGAUCUUGGCGGACAAGUAUUGUAGACGUCAAUCCAUUUUCUUCGCGUCCAUCAUUUUCUGCCUUGGUUCAGGACUGCAGUGCGGGGCGCAGUCCUUGAAUGACCUCAUCAUCGGGCGAGCAAUCGGUGGCUUCGGAGUUGGGGCCCUGAGCAUGCUUUCGCCGCUUUACAUGGCCGAGAUUAGCCCUCCAGAGCUCCGCGGCUCACUCAUGGCGCUUGAGCAACUCGCUAUCGUCCUUGGCGUGGUGUUUGGUUUUUGGACAGGUUUCCUUACGAGACACAUUACCGGAUCUGCUUCGUGGAGAAUUCCACUAGCACUCCAGUUCCUCCCAGGUAUUUCGCUUUGCCUCGGAUGCUUUGUUUUACCACCUUCACCCCGACUUCUGGUGCUUCGUGAUCGUAUUGACGACGCACGGAAAACUUUAGCCAAACUUCGUUUGCGCACUCCUCACGAAGCAAAAGAAGAUCCGUUGAUCGAGCUCGAGCUAUUGGAAAUGCAAAUUGACGUUGCUCUCGUCCGACAAAAAUCAAAGGACGGACUCUCACGCGAAACAUGGACAAUCCUCUUUGGCCGGGAGUACGUUAGACGGACCCUUAUUGGCAUCAUGAUCAUGUUUUUUCAGCAGUGGAGUGGCAUCAAUGCACUUCUUUACUAUGGUCCAACUCUGGUCAAAAGCAUAGGGAUGCAUGGGGAUACCGCCACACUUCUUGUUUCAGGUGGGAUAGGAAUUAUCCAGUUUCUUGCAGUUUUCCCGGCCAUUAUAUUUCUUGACCGGUGGGGCCGUAAACCCCUUCUCAAAGGCGGUAGCGCAAUCAUGGCUGCAUCGCAUUCUAUGAUCGCAAUCUUGAUCCAUCUUUUUCAUGAUAACUGGGGAUCUCAUACCAUAGCUGCUUGGGUAGCGGUAUUUUGCACAUACAUAUUUACUGCGGCUUAUGGCAUGUCCUUUGGACCCAUUGGUUGGGUUCUUCCAAGUGAGGUAUUCCCUCUUUCUAUGCGAAGCAAAGGGGUUUCCCUAUCAACGGCUUCGAACUGGAUCAACAAUUUCUUCAUUGGUCUUAUCACACCGCCACUGAUGGAGAUGUCUUCUGCGUAUGUCUAUCCUCCGUAUUCAGAUAUCCCAGCAGUGAUAUAUCGUUUGGGGAACAUGCAUUCUUUGGCAGCGCGACCUUUAUGAUUUUCGCCUGCGCCUGUUUUGGGGCCUACCUGUGGUCUAGUUAUAUUGUUCCAGAGACGGCGGGCGUUUCUCUCGAAGAAAUAGAUGCGGUCUUCGGUUCUGCAAUAGGUCAGGAAGAUCGCAAACGGAAACACGAG